AUGCCGGCAAAAGGGUCAUGGCGGAGUCGUUCGUUACUACUGCCACUGCUGCUGGCGCCAGUCACGCAAGCCAUCGAUCUGGAUCUCAAUAGCCAAGAAUCCAUCGCCAGCGCAGCGAGUUAUGCCGCCUGGGGCAUGAUGACAUGGUACGCCGGCAACGAAACAGGGCAAACCCCGGGAAAGCUCUUGAAUACGUGGUGGGAAGGCGGUGCCAUGUUCAUGGCUCUCAUGGAAUAUUAUCAUUUCACGGGUGACGCGACAUAUAACGAUGAAAUCAUCGUGGGAAUGGAGUGGCAAGCUGGAGAUGGCAAUUACAUGCCGUCCAACGAAAGUAACUACAUCGGUAACGAUGAUCAAAUGUUCUGGGGACUUGCCGCCAUGACCGGUGCCGAGUUGGCAUUUCCCGAAGAUUCCAACUCGUACUCGUGGUUGACACUUGCGCAGGGUGUCUUCAACACACAGAUUGCACGCUGGGAUACGUCGGCCUGCGGCGGAGGAAUGCGAUGGCAAAUCUGGACUUGGGAGGCAGGAUAUACUAUGAAGAAUGCCAUUUCAAAUGGCGGUCUCUUCCAACUAGCCGCGCGGCUGGCUCGAUAUACAUACAAUGAGACGUAUGCCGAGUGGGCCACUAAGAUCUGGAAUUGGUCCAUCUCCACUCCGCUGAUAGACACGGAGACAUGGGAAAUAGGAGAUUCGGUCAGCAUGGGUAACAACUGCUCGACUGUCGAUUCCACACGGUGGUCUUAUAAUUACGGCACAUUCCUGAGUGGAGCAGCGUUUAUGUAUAAUUAUACAAAUGGAUCCGCGGAAUGGUUGAAUGUUGUCAACAAUCUGUUGAACGCCACUAUAGACUUAUUCAUUCCUACCAGCUACAACAGCGUCCUCACUGAAGUCUCGUGCGAACCGACGGAAAUCUGCAACCGCAAUGAGAUUCUCUUCAAGGGGCUUGUCGCUGGAUGGCUGGCCUUUAUCGCACUGAUCGUUCCGUCCACCUAUGACACGAUUCUCCCUCAUCUUCAACGAUCUGCACAGGGCGCAGCUGAGUCUUGCACCGGUAAAGGCAAUGACACGUGUGGCAUCAAGUGGUACACAGGCGACUGGGAUCACGAAAUCGGACUGGAAGAACAAAUGAGUGCGUUAAAUGUGUUUUGGGCAAAUCUGAUCAACAAGGAUAAUGCAAGUUCAUAUGCCCCAGUUACUUCACACACGGGAGGAAAUAGUACUAGUGAUCCUUCUGCGGGAACGGGUAGUGGCUCAAGCGGCACCAGCAGCAGUACCACGACUACGAUCACCACCGGUGAUAAAGCUGGUGCCGGCAUCCUGACUGCCGUCGUUGCUGCAGGCAUUAUUGGAUCGGUUUACUUCACAUUGUCAGGGAACUGA